AUGGCGGCGCAAGCGGCAUUGAUCGCCGAUACAAUCACCGGCAUGAAAAGGGCCUUGCGCAGAGAGCGUGAGGACUCAGGCCCGGACGAUCCUAUCAUGCAACCGACAAACCGUGGGAACAAAAUGCAUGCUAAUGCGAAGUAUGUCCGUGAGGGCGCUAUGGGGUACAUUAAUGCCGAGGAUUUCUACAAGCAGAAGGUUGAUCAUGCUGGCUACACGCGCUACAUCCUUCAGUCGAACCCAAUUCGUUAUGAUUCGGAGGGGGACGAGCUUGAAGAGGAUGACGAAGAUUCCGAGGCCGAUGCUGCGGCCGCGGAAGAGAACCCAUUCUCUGGGAUCGCACUUGAGACUCUCUUGUGUCCCCUGAAGCAUCCUUCGGAACUCCCCUCCCAUCCUUCCAUGUCCCAACCCUACACGUCACAAGCCUUGGAGCAGAUGACAAAGGCUGUUGAUCUCAAACUUCGCCAGGAACGCGCUUUGCUAUGGCGUGCACGCAAUCUCCACAGGCAAUUCUUGGGUGACGGUAGUUGGAUGCCGUGCGGCGCACUCGAGACACCAGAUGAUCGCUGGAUCUUCGAGCCCAGGAUUGUCAGCAAUGACCCAAGCAUAUCUGCCAGUCAGCAAGGACUGAGUUUGAUCAAUUCUCCGUCUGUCAAUGGAGAUAUUGCUGCUCCGCACGAAGCGCCGCAAUCGGUUCCUGCCACAUUAGAAUCGACUGAAAACACCCAGGAACAGAACGAUGUGGAGAUGUCAGAGAUCCUGGCGACCCAUGAGGGUGAAACUAUCAACAACGAUGCGCAGGCUCUGCCCAAAGAGUUCAAAUCAGAAGAGACCGAUGCUACAGUCAAGGAUCUCCCACCCCACCCCACCGAGGCUUUUGCCAGUGAAAGCAACCAUGACGCAAACCAAGAGCCUAAUGGCAAGCACGAAAUGGACACAUCCAAAGACAGCGAACCCGCUCCAGAACUCGAUCGCAAUGAACAAGACGCCGAUAUGGAGGACGACGAAAUGCAUGACGGCUCAUCUCCAGAACCACCGCGGCGCAUGACAACUCGCGCGCGAGCCAACGCUACAAAUCCAAGCGACGGCAACCAAUCCCCCCUUUCAUCAGCCGACACAGCAAGCACUCUGCCAACACCACAUCCCCUUUUCCUGAUCCCAGAAAACGUUCGCCCAGACGCCAACUUCGGUCUCCCCGCUGCAGAAGCAGAAGAGACCCGUAGAUUGCUCUGGUCCUACAUUCAAAAACAGGAAGAGACUGUCCGUGGGUUUGAACACAUGUUCGACUCACUCAUCAAGGCCUGCCGCAUGAAAGGUGAUGUCUUGGAAUGGUGCAAGGCCGAGGGUCAUGUUGGUGAGAUGAGUGACGGAGAGGAUUGGUACGAUCGAGAGAAAUGGGGCCUUGCCGAGGGCGAGGAUUUGAAGAAGGGUACUGAUGAGGAUGAGGUCGAGACUGUUGAUGAGAGUCGUACCCAGGCGAAGAGAGGGAGAGGGAGACGACAGUAA